AUGGCAGAAUUCCCACAAUUAGGCCAACAGUGCUCUCAAUGCAAGACAUUAGGUAUUGAAACCAUCGGUGCAAAGAACACCAUUCCUUCGUUGCCCACAAUUGUCCCGAAAGUGACAAACAGUGGACACCAACGCCGGUCAGCCGUCCGUCGGAGUCUAUUUCAGGGAAGUGUUGUUUUUGUAAUCAGUCGGUGCUUAAGACGGAACUGGUUUUGUGCGACAAAUGUCAUGAAAAGCAUUGUCUCUCUCAUCGACACUACGAGUCCCACGAAUGCAAACACAAUAAGACGGACCAAAAGCCGGCACAACCCCUAAGAAAGCCUCUGUUGAACGCUUCGGCGCC